GAGCACUGCAAAGAAGCCUACUACGCUGGACCCUGCCUUUCAUUCAGCUCGCAGUACGCAUUCGACUUGGCAGUGAGCGACUGCGUGGAAUUUCAGUACGGGGGUUGUGCCGGCCGAAGGAACAGGUUCCAUUCUAGGACAGCCUGCCUGCAAGAGUGUCUCCACUUCAAUUCUACUAAAAGUUCGUCUGCGUACCUGUCUUGA